UUUAAAAAAACAGCAUCGACAGUGGUUAUUCAAAAAAACCAUGACGAUUACGAUAUAUAAAUGAUUUAUGGAAUUGAAAUUUUUUUUUUUUUUUUUUAAGUUUAUCAUUUACCCUAAAGAGUAAAUAAUUGCAAUACUUGAAUUUUGAUUUUUUCUUAUUUUAUUAUUAUGGCUAUAUUUGUCCUUGAUAAUAAUAAAAUUCAAGUAAUAUUUAAAAAUGUCUUGAUGAUAAGAAACUAGAUAAAGUACACACACACACACAUUCCAUCAUUCAUUCAUUUCAUUCUUUAUUCACAUAUCACUUCACUUAUUAGGGUAAUUUAUUAGGCGCCAUUUGUUUUAAUGUGUGUGUGUGUGUGUGUGUAUGGUUGAGUGAUUGUAUUGAUUUUUUUUUUUUAUAUUCGAGGCACGAUGUGAACACGAGUCUCUUUACAUUUUGGUAAGUUAGUGCCCUCGAGGGCAUUGUGAGUGUAUAUGUGUGUGUGUGUGUGUGUGUGUUGUAGUUUAGGUUGGCGCCACAUAUAAAAUACAAUUUUUUUUUUGAUUAUCAAUUUAGAAUUGGUUGCUACAGGCGUUUGGUUCGGACAUCAAGUAUUGAAGAAAGUGCAGAUCUAUAUUCAUAUAUAUUGAUAUUUUCAAAUUGAAUUUGGUGAUGCCUGAAUGUACAAAUGAUCGAUUGAUUUCAUUUGUAACGAAUGAACAUGUUCUCGUUACUGGUGGUGCUGGUUACAUUGGAUCAUCAUUGGUUCCACAACUUUUACAACAUGGCUAUUUGGUUACCGUAUUUGAUCAAUUCGUCUAUGGUAUUUCACCAUUAUUAGCGGUUAUUUCUGAUCCAAAUCUAACAAUUAUUAAAGGCAACAUUUGCAAUAAAGAUCAAUUACGUUCCGUACUAACCGAUGAUAUUACCACUGUCAUUCAUUUGGCUGCAAUCGUUGGUUAUCCAGCUUGUGAUGAAAAUCCAGAAUUGGCCAUCCAGGUGAAUGAAAUUGGAACAGCAAACAUUGUCGAAUUGAUUCAAUCGAAUCAAAAAUUAAUUUUUGCUUCAACCGGAUCUUGUUAUGGUGCUAUCGAAGGAUUAUGUACAGAAGAAACACCAAUCUGUCCAUUAACUUUAUAUGGUCAAACUAAAUCCAAAUCAGAAGAUAUGAUCCUAUCGAAACAUGGUGUUUGUCUACGAUUGGCUACAUUGUUUGGUGUUUCACAACGAAUGCGUUUAGAUUUAUUAAUCAAUCAUAUUACACAAACACUAUUGAAUGAACGUGAAAUUGAAUUGUAUGAAGCAAAUUUUCGUCGUACAUUUCUUCAUGUUCGUGAUGCUGCACGUUCAUUUUGUUUUACAAUAUCUCAUUAUCAAAAAAUGAAAGGACAAAUAUUCAAUGUUGGUGAUGAAUCGAUGAAUAUGACGAAAAAAAUGGCUGCACAAAAAAUCAUCGAACAGAUGCCAUUUCCAUGUUCAAUUCGUGCUUCGUUAACCGGCCAGGAUAAAGAUAAAAGAGAUUAUGAAGUUUCAUAUGAAAAAAUCAAACGUCUUGGUUUUCGUUCAACCAUUUCAAUUGAAAAAGGUAUAGAAGAAUUGUUGAAAACAAUACCACAAAUGUCUGUAUCGGAAAUCAAAUUAUCAAAAAAUAUUUAAAUGAUAAUUUAUAAUUAAAAUUUUAAAAAUCGA